ACUGUCAAGUGCAAAAAAAACGUCGGAUAAAUAUUUACAUGAUUGUUUGCACUUUGCAAUUCAUUGUCAAUACGAAUCGCCUUGAAUUGGUACUAUUUAAUUAGUUUUAAACAUAAAACUAUUUUUUAAUAGAAUUUAACUCUAAGCUAUCUCGUAGUGCAUAAGUUUUUAAUUAAAUAAAAUUAAUGUGAAUGUCUGGGGUUUUCCCAAACUUACGAUCGUUGCAAAUUAAAAAAGAAGUCGCGUGAUUACUUUUUAAAAUGAGUAGAUGUGAUUUCAAAGUAGUGUUGUUAGGCAGUGAACAUGUCGGGAAGACAAGUUUGGUUCUCAGAUUUGUUCAUUGCAGGUUUAAUGCAGAUAUUCCUUAUCAGAAUACAGUGGGGGCAGCAUUUUGUGCGAAAACUAUGCAAUCAAAUGGCAAAGACUUCAACAUUGGCAUCUGGGAUACAGCUGGCAGUGAACGAUAUGACUCCCUAACCAAGAUAUAUUAUAGAGGAGCCCACGCGGCCAUCAUAUGCUAUGAACCUUCGUCCACUCACUCCUGGACUAGACUACGGCACUGGCUGCAGGAGCUACGAUGUGUUGAGGAGAACUGCAAAGUGUACCUAUGUGGUACAAAGAAGGAUCUUCUGGACUCCGGUCAUAUCACCCGAGCGGUUGACGAGGAUCUUGUGGCGACGUACGCGCAGGGGCUGAGCGGGCACUUCUUCACAAGUAGCAAGACAGGCGAGAAUGUCGAUGAACUAUUCCAAAAGAUAGUAGACGAUUGCGCAGCUGAUGUCGAAAUUAUGAAAAACGUGGAAGUCAUGAGGCUACAGAUACAGAAAGAAGAAGAGGCAUACAGAGCGAGAAGCAAACAGUACUGUUUCUGUUGAACAGAAGAUACAUCAAAAGAUUUUUAUAGAUAAGUGAUAAUAAUAAUAAUAUUCCACAACGUUCACACAACGCCGUCUAGUCUCAA